AUGGCCCUGGCGAAACCGCCCUGGACAAGCAUUGGCACGCUCAGCGGAGCUGCCUGCGGUCCACGUGUGCAGCCUGAGCGGCUGCUGGGCUACGGCUGGGCACCAGGGAGCGAGGCCGGUGUGGAGGAGAGCCAUGGCCGCGAUGGCCUGGCCGUGACCGCCUGCGCCGCCUUCCGCGCCGGGAGAGAUCGGCAGAAGCGGCGCUUGGAGAAGCGCCCGGCCGUGGCCAAGCGGCUACGCACAUGGAAGCGCAUGACAAGGCCACACGCGUUUGCACCUGGGACCAUGCCGGCUUCUGGAUCCAAUGGGGCCAAGACAGCCGCCUUGGUCUUACAGGAGCAGUGGCGUCGCGUGCAGCCCAAGGCCGAGCCCGACGAAUUCCGGGUCACCAUCCGCGUCAUCCCCUUGUUGUUGGCGCAAGGGCUUUGGUCGGUCUUCGUGGUGUGCAUGCACCUGGUGACUGGUUGGAAGUUGCACAACUCCUCCAUCAUCCAUCCACUCCUUGUCGGAGUGCUGGGCUUGCUCUUGGCCUUCCGCACCAAUCAGGCUUAUGAGCGGCAUUGGAGCUGUGGCAAGACCCUGGCGGAGUUGCAGAAAGUGCUGCAGACCAUGCUCAGGUAUGCAGCGCAUUUGUCUAGAGAUGACUGGGAGAUCUACUCCUGCAUCGUCCGGCACUUGAUUGCCUUCCCUAUUGCGCUGAAGCAGCACCUGAAGCGCAGUCGCGACCCAGAGGAGUACAUGCGGAUUCUGGAGUACACGGAGAUCGAAGACGUCGUUCGCACCGGACGCCCGCAUACGCUCAUCCUCUCCAGCUUGUCCAUGCUCAUAAGGCCCUUACGUCAUCGGGAUGACGGCGAGGGGAAGAGCCUGGCGUUGUGGUCGCAGAUGGACAACUGCAUCACCCAGUUGCAGACGAUCUCCUGCAACCUGGACCUGGUGGUUCAGUUGCCUUUGCCAGCAAGCUAUACCGUCCACACCAGCCGUUUCAUUCGAUUAUGGAUCGGUACGUUGCCCUUCGUUCUGCUGGGCUUCAUUAAACCUGUGCUGGUGCCGGUGAUCGUGCUCCUGGUGGCGUGGGCGCUCUAUUCCACUGAGGAGUUGGCACAGAUCAUGGAGGAACCCUUUGGAGAUGAAACCGCAGGCAAGCCUGAGACGAUCAAGCUUGAUGUCUUUUGUCGUCGGAUCAUUUUUGCUCUGAAGCAGCAAGUCUGGGUCCAGGAGACGCUGGACACCCGCGUGAACGCGGGAAGUUGGGUGGUAACCCGUGAAGACAUACCGAAGGUCCGGCAAGUGGAGAAGGAGGAGCCUCUCCACAUGAAGAGCGCUUGGGAUGUCGACUGA